AUGGCCACCGAGUCCGCUAUCAAGACCAUCAAGGAGCACAUUGCCAAGGACAAGGUCUUCGUGGCCUCCAAGUCCUACUGCCCCUACUGCAAGCAGACCAAGCAGCUGCUUUCCCAGUUCAAGGAGGCCAAGCCCGUGAUUCUCGAGCUCGACGAGCUUGACGAUGGUGCCGAGCUCCAGGCUGCUCUCGCCGAGAUCACUGGCCAGCGAACCGUUCCCAACGUUUUCAUUGGAGGCCAGCACAUUGGUGGCAACUCCGAUCUGCAGGUUCUUGCCCAGAAGGACGAGCUGGCCGAUAAGAUCAAGGCUGCCCUUUAA